AACAAAAGGAAAAAAAAUCAAAUAGUAAGUAUAUGUUGUUAAACAGGACAAUAUAGUAUUUAACUAAACAAUAAGAAAAUAGAUUGUUAACAUGCCAAGGAGAUCUGUUAGGGUUUAACAAAGAAAGAAAAAGUUGAUGCAAUUAAGCCAACUAACAUAAGUUUUGAGUAUCUAUGGAAAAAAAAUGAAUGAGUCUAAAAUAUUAAAGGUUCAGAGUUGCUAUAUAUAUUUCUCGAAUAUUAUCCGGACAUUAACAAGAGGUUCAGAUAUCCAAUCUUUUCUAAUUUAAUACACAUUUCAAUUGGAGCGAGUUCGAGUUUGGAUAUUUCGGAUCGGAGGUAUAAGAUUAAAUGUCGAUGGCUAGAAAGAACCCCUAAUGAAUGAUAUAAAGAGAAUCCUAUGCAUAAAACGACAGAGUUGACCCUACCAGAAGCCAUUUUAAACGUGCUGGUGGUGGUCCUGGUGGAUGCAUUGCUUCCCUUAAUAAAAGAGUGACUUGGUUGAUAAGAUACGAAAUCAGAUUGAAUGGUGAAGAAAGAAAGGUUGACACACACAGACCCCAAUCUCAUGGAAAUAUUAAUACUAACAACUACCUGCAUGAUGGCGUUAAACGUGAUCAAGAUCCAUGCUGGUGGAUCCAACCAAAAGCCAUUUUAAACGUGCUGGUUGAUGCAUUGCUUCCCUGAAUAAAGAGUGACUUGGUUGAUAUACGAAAUCAGAUUGAAUGGUGAACAAAGAGACACACACAAACCCCAAUCUCAUAGGAUAUAUACAUGUAAAUAUUAAUACUACCUGCAUGAUGGCGUUAAACGUGAUAAAAAUCUCCCCGGUUCGUCCUGCAACCCCCUCCCUCUCCCCGCUCAUCCUCCCACUAACAUUCUUCGAUCUACUCUGGCUGCAUCUCGUUCCUACAAACCGAGUCAUCUUUUACAAACUCACCGAGUCAUCAUCAUCUCGCGACUCCUUCUACUCCGCGAUCCUCCCCAAGCUCGAGCGAUCCCUUUCCCUCGUCCUCGCACACUUCCUCCCUCUCUCCGGUCAUCUCAACUGGGACCCACAAGCUCCUAAACCCCACAUCCUCAUCUCGCCGCAUGACGCCGUCUCCCUCACAGUGGCCGAGACCGACGCUGACUUCUCUCAGAACUCCACCAAAGGGAUCCGUCCCCAGAAGGAGCUACGCGCUCUUGUCCCCGACCUACCCGUUUCUUCUUACUCAUCCCCUGUCAUGACGCUGCAAAUCACACUGUUCCCGAGCCAAGGCUUCUGCAUGGGACUCUCGCUGCACCACGCUGUCGCUGACGGCAAAACCGUCGUUAAGUUUCUAACAUCGUGGGCUCACAUAUGUAAACACGGAGCAGUACCUCAAGAUUUUGAUCUACCCAUGGUUUUAGAUCGUACGGUCGUCAACGUUCCAGCUGAACUCGAAGCUAAGAUCUUGCAAGACAAAGUAAGGUCCGUAAGUCUUCACCCCGCCGCCGAAGAGGUUGAAGAUCUCGUCAAGCUCACGCUCGAGCUGAGUCAUGAAGACGUGGAGAAGCUUAGAGAACGGGCGCGAAGGGAGUCGACUCGGUCCGAUCUCCCACACCUGUCGACAUUUGUAGUCACUUACGCAUAUGUAUUGGCCUGUGUGGUGAAGGCACGUGGAGGUGAGGAGGAGGAGGAAGAUCGAGUGGUGCCGUUCAUGUACGUUGCUGAUUUCAGACAACGGUUAGACCCGCCUGUUCCCGCGAACUACUUUGGGAACUGUGUGUUGCCUAUCAAUUUCUAUGGAUACAAAGCGACGACGUUUUUGGGGAGAGAUGGGUUUGUCAAUGGGGUCGAGAUUCUUAGCGAUUCCAUAAGAGGUUUGAGUUCGCGAGGUGCUGAGGAGUCAUUAUGGAAGUUGUAUGAGGAAGGAUUAAAAUGGGCUGGACCAGGUACACCGAAGGUAAUCGUCGCUGGGUCUAACAGGUUUGGGAUAUACGGGUCAGAUUUUGGGUGGGGAAGACCCGUUAAUACUGAGAAUAUAAGCCUCACUAGAAACAUUCUCUUCACUAUGUCGGAGAGGAGGGAUGAGAUUGGUGGUGUGGAGAUUGGCAUGUGUUUGAAGACAUGUGAGACGGAUGUUUUUGUUUCUUUGUUCCGAAAUGGAUUGUAAAACUUGACAAGUUAUGAACAAUGUUAAGUUUUGAACUGCA